GCGCACGCGGAAAGGAAACCCGCCAUUGAAGCAAAUCCUCAACGUGAGUGUUGCGUUGAAAGCUGUCUCGGUGAAAACAGCAAAUAUUUCUUUGUUGAAGCUGCCGCGGGUGUUUUGCUGAAACGAUGGCGUACAGAGGACAAGGACAGAAGGUCCAGAAGGUUAUGGUGCAGCCCAUUAACCUAAUUUUCAGGUAUCUUCAGAAUCGCUCGCGUAUCCAGGUCUGGUUGUAUGAACAGGUCAACAUGCGGAUAGAGGGCUGCAUUAUUGGUUUCGAUGAAUACAUGAACCUGGUUCUAGAUGAUGCUGAGGAAGUCCACAUGAAGACCAAGAACAGAAAGCCGCUGGGAAGAGUCAUGUUGAAAGGAGACAACAUAACUUUGCUGCAGAGCGUGACCAGCUAGGGCGAUGAAGGCACCCCCAAAUCAUCUUGCCUUUGAAAGUUUUUUUUCUCCUUGUUUUUCUGUUGUUUUUUUAAAUGAAAAAGAUCCAUCUGUGUUAAUGUAACAGGAAUAUUGUGAGUGUUUCUUUAUACUACAUGGAUCCACUUUGAAAAUAAAGUUUGGUUUUUCUUACGACUCA